AUGGCUUGUUUGGUUGCUCGGACGGGAAGGGAAUUGCAGAGGUACAACAUGGGCCGCCGACAAGUCGUGGGAUGCAUUCCUUAUAGAUACAAAAAUGGCAGUGAUGGUGCGAUCAGCGAUGAAUUGGAAGUGCUUGUGAUCACUUCACAGAAAGGCAAUGCAUUUAUGUUCCCUAAGGGUGGUUGGGAACUUGAUGAAUCCGUAGAAGAAGCUGCUUCACGAGAAUCACUAGAAGAAGCGGGUGUUGUGGGCAAUGUUGAGUGUGAAUUGGGAAAAUGGAGUUUCAUGAGCAAAAGCCAGGAGACAUACUAUGAAGGGCACAUGUUCCCUUUGUUUGUGAAGGAGCAACUGGAUCUAUGGCCCGAGAAGAACGUUCGGCAAAGAAUCUGGAUGAGUGCUGCGAAAGCUAGAGAUGCUUGUCAGCAUUGGUGGAUGAAAGAAGCCUUGGACAUUUUGGUUGAACGGCUUACCUCAGCACAGAAACAAGAGGAAGAAGAUGCAAUGGCUUGCUCUUUAAGUUGA